AGUUACCAGCUGCGGAAUACUCCGGUGUGGGGAAGUCGCGCAGCAUUUCACAAGCUUAAUAGAAUUCUCUGUCACCAUCUUACGCAUACCAUCUCGCAAGGGCACAACUGGGCCUCCCGAAGUUUCCUUUUCUUGUUUGGAACCCACUGUUGGAAGAAGACAAGUUCGGUCGAUAUGUCAUCAUCUGCUCAAGGGCUCUACUCGCUGGCCACUCUAAUCAAGCGGCUUGAAGCAAUUACUUCGCGUCUUGAAGACGUGGAAGAUUCCAGGAGUGGAGGUCAUUCCAAGCGACAAAGUACCAGCACUGUCACUAGCGCAGCUGUUGCUGAAACUCCAUCGGCUUCACCACCGCCUGUGAUUGAUGUGCAAGUACAAGUGCCACGUGCAGUUGCUGCAUACGAUGAGAUUGUUAUAGAAGGCCAACUUAAACCCUUCCUCGAGAUCAAUAAAGCCAUUGCGCCUCCUCCACUAAACGAGCAGGUUGAUAUGUUUGCCAAAGUACUUGCAACCCUGCGGUCUGUACUUCUCCAGGCCGCAGCAUGCAGGAAGCCCGAUCAAAAGGUGUUGAUCGAAAUUCUGUCGCCACUCCAGGCAGGCGUUGAGGCCGUGACCCGCGCUAAAGAGGCUGGGAGAAAGGAGAGAGACUGGUUCAAUCACCUCACUGUUGUCGCAGACGGGACUGCUUUCGUUGGAUGGGUCACUGUGGAACCCAAACCGGCACCAUACGUAAAUGAGAUAAAGGAAAGCGCCGCGUACUAUGCAAACAGGAUACUCAAGGAUUUCAAAGAAAAGGACCCAAGGCACGCGGAGUGGGUACGAGCAUUCAAUGGAAUUCUCGAUGGGAUGAAGCGCUAUGUUAUGGAGUUCCACACCACUGGUCUUGUUUGGAAUGUCAGCGGCAUCCCGGUCUCGGAGUACAAGACGUCUCGUUCACAACCAGUCAGCGGUCCGCCGCCACCACCGCCACCACCGCCACCACCACCACCUCUAGCUGGAUCAGCACCCUCCUCGGCAGCCCCUGCUGGUGGAGUUGCUGCUGUAUUUGCAGACCUAAACCGCGGCGCAGAAGUAACAAAGGGGCUACGUAAAGUUGACAAAAGCGAGAUGACCCACAAGAACAAAGACCUGCGAGCCGGAGGCGUAGUCCCUGCAAGCAGCGGGGCGGCUGCUAAGAAACCUGUUAAACCAACCAAACCUCAAGCCUUGAUGGGCAAGAAGCCUGCCAAGUUCGCGCUGGAGGGCAAUAAAUGGGCCAUUGAAUAUCAAGAGAACGAAUCCGCCUUGGAGGUCGCCAAUACGGAUAUCAGCCAAGUAAUCAACCUCUUUGCUUGCAAGAACACGACUGUCAUUAUCAAGGGGAAAAUCAACGCCGUCACCUUGGUCAAUUGCACGAAGACUUCUGUGCUCGUCGAAUCUGUGGUUUCUUCUGUCUCCAUCAUGAAGUCUCCAUCGUUUGCCCUGCAAAUUACAGGAGUGGCACCUACUAUCCAAAUCGACUCAACGGAUUCGGGGCAGAUUUACCUCUCGAAGCAGUGUCUUGGUGUUGAGAUUACUACAGCGAAAUGCAGUGCGAUCAAUGUCAGCUUGCCAGUCGAAGGGGAGGAGGAUGGUGUCUUUGAAGAGCAAGCCAUGCCCGAGAUGCUGAAGACAGUGGUACAGAAUGGCAAAUUGGUCACAACAAUUGUGGAACACACCGGCUAAACUACACAAAUUACCCAUACCUCUACCUAGUUAUGUGCAAUUGCAAUUAAUUUCGGGGACCAAUGGUCUUGAUGACGUAGAUCAUGCUCCGGG